CCCACCCCAAGGCACUCUUUGUUCAUCGGCUCACCAACUCAACAUCACUCGAUAUGGACUCUGCUACUCGUGUUCAAGAAUCCCGGGUUUUUCCCCACCCCAUCAAUGUUGUGUGGAACCAUGUACGUCCCGCCGACUUCAAGUUCUGGACAAGUGCAGUCAAGGAGACGCAAGUCGAAGGUGGCCUACCCGGUGAAGUUGGCUCUCAGCGCAAGGUUACCUUCAAAGAUGGAACUGUUCAGCGUUACCAGAUUGUUGAGUUGUCAGACCUGGCGUACUUUAUAACAUAUGAAAUGAUUGAAAGCAACCCUCCCAUUAAAUCGUCGGCUGCUCUUCACACGAUCAAAUUGAGAAAGAUCACCCAUGAUAAUAGUACACUUGUGGAAUGGGAGUCAGACUAUUCCAGUAGCGGCAACGAGACUGCCAGCGUUGUUGAAGAUUCGCGCCUCAAGAAGAAGGAAGCCCUUCAGGAUCUUGCGAAAGCACUUGGCAGCAAAUGAUCAAGGGUUACGGAUUAUCUACCAUGUUGCUUUUGUUGCUAGUAUGAGGCUUCUUCAGUUAAAUUGGCCAAUAAACUACAACCUUGCACAAUCAA